UCUGACCCAGGGGUCAAAGGACACUUCCAAACUCGGCCCACAUGCGAACGGAGCCUGCGCAGGGAGUUUGCUUCCGAGAAAACUGCUAGUAUUCAGCCAUACGUGCUUUCUGCAGCCGAACCAAGUAGGCUGUAAGGACCAGCAUAAGCCAUAGCCCUGGAUUAAUAUGGAUCAUUGCGUAGGUCACUGGUCCAGUGGAUCUCCCACACAGGUUCAAGACCUGUCAGAAGUUGAAGACGUUGUUUUCAUCCCAGACUAUCUUCGUGGUCUUCCCGUUGAAGUGACAGAGAGAAUUCUGUCCUACCUCUCAGAAACUGACUUGUGUCGCUUGGCUGUGUGUAGCAGAGGUUGGAGAGAGAGGACCAAUCGGGACCGUCUGUGGCGACCAAUAUGCCUGGCUCGUGGCUGGGAGCGUUAUGGCACUGCUGUUGACCUGAACCUGGACGAGGGUUCCUUAGAUCACAGCCAUGUCUUGAUAGGAGAGAGCACUGAGACAUUAGAACCAACCUGUGAGUGGAAGGCAGUCUUCCUGAAGGCUCUUGAUCUGGAAGCCAAUUGGGCUAAGGAGCCAUAUUGCAACAUAACUCAUUGGGUUCCAUGCCUACCCAUCCCCAGUUCUUCAAUAUUUACCUUGCAGGACUGUGAUGGAGACUAUUUCGUCUAUGCCAAUCUCAGUGGCAACAUUUUGAUUUGGGAUCUUGGACCCCAGCUGGAAGAAGUCCCGAUCGACUCUGUAGGUGAUCCAACGUUUCACUUAAGAACAAAGUACCGAUGGAAACCGCAACACCUUUUGGUAUCAAAAGGGGUAGGUUUAGUAGUGGGAUGUCAUACGUUCCAAUUUGUCAGAACCUUUGAUUGUAGGACAGGAAGGUGGUUGGCUGAGGUGAGGACUAUUCGGCCCAUUCUAAGCAGCUUCCACUUGAAUGACACGUUUGUAAUUGGUCAGCCGUCGAUGCAAGCCGAUUUAAGCAAAUUUUAUGUCUGGGGAAGUGCCAAUGGGAAAGUAUGCCACAAAUUAAGAGGACACGUAACAAACAUCAAGGAUCUAGCUCUGUGUGGUGAUAUGGCAGCUAGCGCCGCUGAGGACGUGAUCCUUUGGGACGUGAGUAAGGGGGAACUUUUGAGAAGCUUCCAGUGUCCAGAUGGAGACCACAUGUUUUCAGAUUGCAAACUCAGCAGCAAGUAUCUAAUGGGAGUUUAUUUGCUUGAUGGGGAGUCUUCAUUGGCGGUGUGGAACCUAGCAUUGGGUCUUCAGCUUACGGUCGAUGCUGGUAAGGAACUGAGUGUUUUGGAAAAGAAGGAGAUGGAUUGUAAUGAGUUUGCUGUGGUUUUUGGGUCCACAGUAUGGAGCCUCGAAGGGGAAGCCUUCCUAAGUGGAUCAAAGCAGCUUACCAUCGCUGGGAAAUGGAUGUUGCGGAAGGCGGAAUCAAGCAUGGAAGUAUGGAGCCUGGGGCCCGAUUCCAGCAAUUGGCGCCGUCUUCAUGAGAUGGAAACUGAACUCCGCAAAGUCGAAGGUGUACAAGUACUUUGGGCUGAUGACACCAAACUGGUUUUCAGAGAACUCUUUGAUCAUGAGUAUGAGAGGAGUGAACUAAAUAUCGGACACUUAGCCCCACGUGUGCAAGGAGGAAGGAUUAUUUUGAAAGAAGCUUCACCCAAAGUACAUGUAAUAUAUUUUUGGUAAAGACAUUCCUCUUUAUCAAUAUUUUUUAUAUGUAUUGAAGAACUCCUUUGAUAUACCUUGUUAAUUUCUUCAUGUGUAAAUGAAAAAGCUGCCUUUUACGAAUCUCAGCAAGUCUUUCUUAAGAAAGGAUUGCUGAAGUUGGGUUUACUUAAAGUCAUCGUUGUGCAUAACAAGAUUGGACGAUUUUAUGAUAGAAAAUUUCGUUCGCACAAAUAUUGGAGUAUAAAAAAAACACCCCAAAACACUUCGCAUUCAAAAACUGUUUGAAAUGUUGUGGUGACACGAGAACAAGACAAUGUCUUUAAUUCUGCUGAUACCCGCUAUGAGUUUUGCACGCAAACGGCAAACCAUUCAACAAGAACUCAUCAAAUCUUGAUGUGUACAAUGUUGAAACCGGUCUGGCUUAUUGAAAAGAACUUAAAGUACAUCUGCCAUUUAUUAGGCUAGUUUAAGAAAGAAUGCGAAGAGAUGCGACUGCCAAGAAGCCUUACCCCAUCCAAUGGCUACGGCUUCUUCGAGGAAUUCUUCAUCUUCGUAAAGGGAGUAGUCACUCCCGACCCGGAAAGUGUCAGCAUCCGGGACGCAGAUAGGGCUAAUGCGGUUAGUUAGCGCAACAGGCUGAGCAAGACGAAGCAAGGCUACGUCAGCAUCGAAAGAGGCUGCAUCGUAAGAGGGCGCCCUCACUAUCUCAGACACCUCUCUCUGUUGAAGGUGCAAACAAGAAAUCACGUUGAGCUUAAAUUGUAUUGUUAAAAAACAGCAUUUUGGCAAACAAAAACCUACGAUUUUCAUUCGGAGGCUUUGAAAUGUUUUUUUUAUUCUAUUAUUCUUUGAGUAAUGAGGUUAGACAACAUUGCAUUUAAGGGAAAAGAAAUCCGAAUAAAGUUUUUUUUUUUAAGUAAGUUCAAAA